AUGUCACCGACUCUGUCGCAACAAUAUCUUAGCACACGAGGUGCUGAGUACGGGCUCUCGUUCGAAGACGUCGUUCUCAAGGGUCUCGCCAGCGAUGGUGGCCUGUUCGUCCCCGAAGAAAUCCCCGCGCUGCCCGCCUCGUGGGAGACCGAGUGGCGCAACCUGAGUUUCGAGGAUCUCGCCUACGAGAUCAUGAGCCUGUAUAUUUCGAAGGAUGAGAUCCCCGCCGAUGAUCUCAAGGAUAUUAUCAAGCGGUCAUACUCGACUUUCCGUCACCCGGAGCGCACUCCGCUGUUCGAUCUGGACUCCAAGCAGGGCCUCUACUUGCUUGAACUCUUCCACGGCCCUACCUUCGCCUUCAAGGACGUUGCACUCCAGUUCCUGGGUAACCUUUUCGAGUACUUCCUUGUGCGGAAGAACCAGGGCAAGACUGGCAAGGACCGUCACCAUCUCACCAUUGUCGGCGCAACUUCUGGCGACACUGGUUCCGCGGCUAUUUAUGGAUUGCGUGGCAAGAAAGAUGUCUCCGUCUUCAUCACAUUCCCUAACGGCAGAGUCUCGAGCAUACAGGAGGCUCAGAUGACCACAGUGUUGGAUGCUAAUGUUCACAACCUCACUGUGGAGGGAUCAUUUGAUGAUUGCCAGGAUAUUGUCAAGGCCCUCUUUGCUGAUAAGGACUUGAAUACCACCCACAACAUCGGUGCUAUCAACAGCAUCAACUGGGCCCGCAUCCUGGCGCAGAUGACAUACUACUUCUACUCCUACUUCUCCCUGACCAAGUCACCUGCUUUCACCGAGGGAUCGAAAGUCCGCGUGGUCGUGCCCUCUGGAAACUUCGGUGACAUCCUUGCCGGCUGGUUCUCCAAGCAGAUGGGCCUGCCCGCCGACAAGCUGGUCAUCGCCACCAACGAGAACGAUAUUCUGGACCGCUUUUUCCGCAGCGGCGGCCACUACACGAAAAAGGCCCUCGACACGCCCACCGACGGCGUCAAGGAAACCCACAGCCCCGCCAUGGACAUCCUGGUCAGCAGCAACUUCGAACGUCUGCUCUGGUUCCUCGCUUUCCGCAGUGACAACGGCAGCACCGCCUCCGAGCGCCGCAAGCACGCCUGCGAAAGCGUGAGCAAGUGGUUGAACGAGCUCAAGUCUCAGGGCGGCUUCCAGGUCCCCAGCGCCGUUCUCGACGGCGCCAAGGCCGAUUUCGAGAGUGAACGCGUUAGCAAUGAUGUGACUAUCGCUACUAUCCGUGAGACGUAUGUUUCUUGCAACGGUUACGUCCUCGACCCUCACACUGCCGUCGGCAUCGCCGCAUCGCGCCGCUCUAUCCAGCGUAACCCCGGCGUUAGCCACAUUUCCCUGUCUACCGCCCACCCAGCCAAAUUCGCCAGUGCUGUUGACCUGGCUCUGCGCGCAGAGAGUGGUUAUGAUUUCACUACUAUUUUGCCGCAGGAGUUUAUCGGCCUUGAGCAGCGUGAGCGCCGCGUUAUUGCGGUACCCCAGGGUGCUGGCUGGGAGGGCGUGAAGGAAAUUGUUAAGACUGAGGUUGAGAAGGAGCUGCAGGGCUCGCACUAG